CGAUUGGACCCCUCCAAAACAAUGUUGUAGCCGUUAUCACAGUACUCUUGUUUUACUACUGGAUCCGAAAUCGAAAUCUCGAUCAUGGCCGCAGAAACAGAAGAUUACACCAUACGGGCGGCGCCGUUCCCAGCGCGCUCGAAGACUGCUUCGUCGAGCAUCAACGGCAAGGAGACGACUGCGACAUCCAUGUCAUUCUUGGACAAGAUUCUCAUUACUGUCACACAGGAAGGGCGUCUAGCACACUGGGUUCAUGUACCUCUCGGCAUCUCUGCGAUCGACGCAGGAGCAACCUCACAGUCUUACCUCGACCGCGACGACGAAGAUGCCAGCUCUGACCUUCUGCCUAUGCACCACCUCACUGCAACCAAUGUUCUUGGCGGUACGAUACCAGAGCUUGAAGUUCUCGGUCAGACGCUCGCAACUCAGAUCGCCAGUGCUAUCAAGACGCAGAAUGACAGAGAAACCCGCAUGGUUGUACUCGGAAUGGGCUUGGAUAAGAGCGUGAGCGGAAGGCAAGAAUUUAGUGAACUGGUGGGGUUGGUGCUGGAAGUGCUAUGAGCGCGUAAUACAAAGGACAAGAGCAACGAGUGUCGGGAACCACAUAUUUGGAGAGCAAACGAGUCUGCGCAGCCUUGCGCGACUCAUGUUUCUUCGCCAUAUCAGGGACAGUAUGUCUACAUAUCCUUCCUCACAUCACAUUGUGACUGAAACGCCGUCAUGAUGCUGACCCCUUUCCAGAACCGGAACGCCGAUGCAAUGCAAGCCAUAGCCCGUACCCUACAAGCUCUCGCGGAGCUUGUUGAUCAAAAUGUCCACCGAUUCCAUAUCGCUCGCAUCGAGCGGGCCUGAAGGCUUGAAGUCGGCGGGUACGUGGGAUACAGCCUCGUCAAGGGCGGGCUGAAAGUUCCUGACGGACGAUGAGAGCGCUGUAAUGGCCUUCUUCUUGACUUUCAUCUCGUCGUUCCCCGUGGCUAUUCGUACUAGAGUGGGGAUGGCACCGAGCACCAAGAG